UUUUAAUGAGUUCAUUACUUGGACAGUUGAGUAUUUCAGAAAUAUCUCAGAGGAUUGUUGAUAUACAGGAGAGUACCAAGGACAUAUCUGAGAGUAAAUGGAGUGAUUUAAAGGAUGAAGUAUUAAGUAGGCAUAAUAAUCAUGAUGUACUUAAAGCAGACUGUAUGGAAAUGGCAGAGCAAAUUACAAAAUUAGUAGAGGAGUAUAAUUCUGAGGGGAAGAAGGAGAGAGACAGAGUAAUUAAGAAAGUAAUAGCGCAGAGAGUAGAAUUAUUGAUUUAUUCAAUAUUAAACCAAGAGAACCGGUUGAAAGCAGGGUUAAUUAAGAACAAGAGGGAGUAUAUUGAAUUAAGCAAGGAAAUAAUAACUAAAACCAUUGAAAUGUGUGGUGAAUUAUUGAAUGUUGCGAUUACUUCACAGAUAUUCUAUCCAUUUGUUAUUAAAAUAUGCAGGAGGCUUUAUUUAUUAUCGAUAUCAAGUGGGUACUUUAUUCCGAUAGCUUAUUAUGCGCUGUACAUGAUGAAUGAAAUGUCUAAAAUAUCUUCAUCAUCUGUUCCGAUACAGGCGAUUUCUGAGAUUGCAAUUAAAGUAGCUGAGAAAUCUGUUGUAAGUAAUGUUUAUAAUGACUAUGUGAUGAACCAUUCAUUAGACAUACUUGCGGACUGUGUAAAGCAGCACUCUUGCAGUUUAUCAUUCCCAGAGUACUCGUCGUAUAUUGCAGUAGAAUUGAAAAGGAUAAGAAAUGGUCCUAAUAAGAACAAUUCAUGGAUUAACACUAAGACAGAAGGGAUUGUAAAGGCAAUAAAGAUACACUCACUGAAAAUUGAAAAGAUCAGAGAGACUGUCGCAUCAACUGACAUAGAAGCAAUAAGAAAGGUAGAAGAGAAGAUUCCUGAAUUCCAGUUGAAUAUGGAAUAGAUUUUAUCAGAAUAAAUUAAAAGCACAA